CGUGUACGUUGGGGUCCUUCGGACUUCCGGGUGUGAGUAAACAGAUCACGAACAGCGUCGCCUCGCCUGAAAUAUGUCCAAAGUGACGUUUAAAAUCACGUUGACGUCGGACCCUCGGCUCCCGUUCAAAGUAUUAAGUGUCCCAGACAGCACGCCAUUCACUGCAGUUCUGAAGUUCGCAGCUGAGGAGUUCAAAGUGCCCUCAGCCACCAGCGCCAUCAUCACUAAUGACGGAAUAGGAAUCAACCCUGCACAAACAGCAGCUGCCCCCAAGCAAGCCUUGCCGGCCAGGGCAGGUUGGCUCCGUUGCCCUGGUCCUCCCCACUGAUGGCCAAUUUCAUCAGCUGGCAGGGUUAGUUCAUGAAUGACCCCACACCCCCGAAACGACAGAAAGACAAUGGGACAAUGAGGAGUCUCAUAAAAAUAGCAAAACAAUGUGAUUUCUGUAAAAUGUAAGCACAUGGCUGAGCUGCAGGCUGAAAAUGGCCCCCAGGCUACACUAAUGUGCCACGGCAUAGUGGUUGCCAAACACUAGUGUCGAGAAUCAUCGAAGAAAGUGUAACAAACGCAUCUGCUACUUCAGCACCAUGGCCAGCACCCAUCCCUCCCCGGCACAAGCACAUCCCCUUCAAAUGGACUAUAAUUAACCAUGGCCAACACCUUUGGUGUAACCUUGUUGCUAAUUAUGUCAUCUUAUGCUAAUUAAACUUUGACGAUAAUAUCAGU